UAAAUAAAAUUAGUUUAAAAGUUUAUUUGUUAAAUCUUUAAUUUAGAGGUUUUUACCCAAAAUAAACUUAGUUGAAGAUUUUUAAUUUUAACCUCAAGUUUUCCUUUUUCAGAAUUUGAUUCCCAAAAUAUGUAAUUAAUGCUCUAAAACGUGAAACGGCGUUGUAAAAACCUCUCUCCCUUAUAAAUACCCCCACAAACUCAAAACCUCUCGUUCUCUUGUGCUCUCUAGCUGCAACUUUCUAUUUUCGCAGCCCUAAACUCGUUUGUCUCUCGAGAAUCUCUUUACUCCUUCAAUCAACAAUGGAAUUCUGGGGAGCUGAAAUGAAGGCAGGGAAGCCACUUAAAGUGAAACCUGAUGAAGACUGUGUCAUCCACCUUUCACAGGUAUGUAUUGAUAACGGGAAAAAGGGUGAAACUGCGCUCUUGUACGUGACGGUUGAUGGGAAGAGGCUUGUGAUUGGAAAACUUUCUCAGGGAAGUAUUCCUCAGAUCAGCCUUGAUCUGAUAUUUGACCAGGAGUUUGAGCUCUCACACUCGUUGGAGACAGGAAGUGUCCACUUCACUGGCUACAAAUCGCCCAACAUGGAUGAUCAGGAGUGUUACUCUUCUUUUGACUCUUCUUCCGAGGAGGAAGUGGAGGUCCCUGCAACUGACACUGCCAAUGGGAAUGCUGGAGCUGCUGCUUCGAGUGUUGUCAAGGCUGACUCGGAACCAAAGGCCAAGCCUGCUGAAGAAGUGAAGCAUGAAUCAGACGAUGAUGAUGAUGAAGGUUCUGAGAGUGGUUGCAUUUGUUUUUCUAGUGGAUGGAUGAUUGAGAUGAUGAGGAAGAUGAUUCUGGGGACAAAGAAGAAGUGAUAUACCUUCCCUAUUACUCCUCCUUGAUUCUAAUAACUGAAAAAAAAAAACUGUUUGCUGCAGCUUUUGGCUCUUUUGAUAUUUGACUCUUUGUUUUUUGAUAAUAAUGCAAACAAAGUUAAUGGCAGGAAAUUUAAUGAUUUAGCUUUUUAUAAUCUCAAGAAACAAAUUAUCUAACCGGAAACUGGCAACAUAUGACAAAAUUGAAAUCUCUUGACAUGUUUUGAUCUCUGACUGGUUCCAUGGACCCUGAGUUGAUACUUUGAAACUUGUCCAAACGAAGGA